CUGAUUUAGUAAACAAACGGCAAUACAUGUGAUUUUCGAAACGCCAUACUACAUUUCUUACAUCUGUCAGAAAUUGGGUUGCAGGUGAUUUGUUGUCACUUAUGCUUCGAACCAAUGGCUGAAGGAUGUCAUAAUGCUGAUACCAAUGAAGAUAAGUUCAAACCACUAUUUAAAUAUUACAAGAGAAGGCAGCCUCCUCCUGACUUCAGCAAUGUCCUUCAGGUUGGGGCCUUGAAGGCUGAAAAGCAGAUACCACCAUGUAGCCUCACUCCAGAGGAGCAAGAACAAGCCAAGGAGGUUGGGCUUGUGCCACAUUCAACAUGGAAAAUUUAUGCACUGGAGUCUCAUCCAGGGUUGAUGAUCAUAUUAAAUCCAUUUACAAGUCAAGGUCAGCAGGAAUGGAUUAGAAGGUGUUUGAUGGAUUAUCCUUGCUCACCCAACAAGACAAACUUAAUAUCCCAUGGUAUUGAUCUGGGAAGUGCUUCGUGGUGGGAUCUUGUCCAUUCACCUGAAGGAGAUCAGCAAGGAGUACAGAAGAUGUUGCGAUGGGUGACCCUCGGUUACCAUCACAACUGGGACACCAAAGAAUAUAGUGAAGAUAUGAAGGGAGAUAUACCCCUUUCCCUACAAAUACUGUGCAGAAUAGUAGCAAAAGUGGUUGGAUUUGAUAGUUUUCGAGCAGAAGCAGCCAUUGUGAAUUACUAUCACAAAGACUCAACACUCGCUCCCCACACAGACCACUCAGAGCCAAAUAUGGAAGCUCCCCUGCUAUCAUUCAGUUUUGGACAGAGUGCAGUGUUUCUCAUUGGAGGGCCAAGCAAGAGCACGGAACCCUCAGCACUCUUUCUCCACAGUGGGGACAUCAUGAUCAUGUCGGGUGCCAGUCGGAAGGGAUAUCACGCAGUUCCUCGAAUACGGCUCGUGCCAGAGGAGCCAUGGAAUGCAGUGCAUGAAGCUGAAGGAAACUUAACAUCUGAAAUUAACCGAAAUCAGGAAGGUGACUUGGGCAGUGAGAGAUGUGAUGAUAACUGCCCUUUUAAUAAAAGACAAAAAUUAAAUUCUGAUUCUGAUGAUGAACAGAGAAUUGUAAAAAUGCUGGAGUAUAUAAGAACAAAUAGAAUUAACAUGAAUGUGAGACAAGUUCUUAUGCCUGGUAUGGAUAAACUGUAGAGGUAAUAAAUGAAUAUUUUUUA